AUGAUAAUGGAACCUUAUAGCAACUCUUUUAUAGUAGAAGCGACAAAAAGAAAAUUUAGUUCUUCCUCAUUAGAUUCAAAGAUUCAUGUUAAAAAGAAAUUUACCGAUCAGUCAACGAAAUCUAAUUCAUCAAAAGAACUAAAUAAAGAUACCGCAGCAAAGCAAAAUUCUUCUGAUAAAAUAAUUGAUCAAUUAUCAUCUUUUGAUUUCUCUUUAACAUCCGAAUCAUUCUCUGCUGAAUCAAACUCAAACUCAAACAGUCUCAUUUCAUCAGAUAUUCCAUCAUUACAUAAUAGCUCUACAAUAAGAAAACAUUUUUUAAAAAAUAAAAUUAAUAAAGGUAUAAUUUCCGACAUAAACACUUUAAUGGAUGACGGAACUAAUUUAACUGGUUAUGUUAGGGCCAAUCCAAAACGAGAUCGAGACUAUCAUAAUUUAUUUAAAGAAAUUCCACCUAACGAAUAUUUGAUUAAUGAUUAUGGUUGCGCUUUACAAAAAGAAAUUUUGGCCCAAGGAAGAAUUUACGUUUCUUUAAAUUAUAUUUGUUUUCACGCAAAAAUAUUUGGUUGGGUCACCAAUACGGUGUUAUCGUUCUCGGAUGUAACUGCAAUUGAGAAGAAAAUGACCGCAUUCGUAAUUCCAAAUGCCAUUCUAAUAUCAACUAAAAAAACAAAGUAUUUUUUUGCAUCGUUUCUUUCACGUGACACGGCGUAUGAAUUAUUCACGAAAUUAUGGAGGCAUUCAAAGUCAAGUAAUAAUCAAAAUUAUUUGCAAGUUGGACAUCAAAAUUCUGAUUUAGAGAAAACAAAUGAAAAAUUACUAGCGAUAAGUUUAUUAAAGAAUAAAUUAAUAACAAAAUUAUCGUUGCCGAAUAUUAACGUCAAAAAACGUGAUAUGAAUCUCGCUGUAUUUGCUGCAGCCUCAGAUAUUUCAGCUGAAACAGAAUUUGUAAAUAACGAACAUUCAAGUUACUCUACGCCAACUACUCCGAACGUAUGUUAUUUGAAUCGAGAGCUUAAAAGAUCAAAAUCAGAUGAAUUUGUUACCAAAUCUUCAUUAGGCUUACAAGACAAUAAAUUAAUGCAUCAAGGAACAAUUUGUGAUUGCUUAAAAAAUAACCAACAUUUUGAUAAUAUAAUAUUAGAUACUAAAUUUAAAGGAAGUGUUGAAAAAAUUUAUAAUUUAUUGUAUACAAGUGGAUUCAUUACCGAAAUUCUAACAGAUCUCGAAAAAUCUGAUGAUAAGAAUAUCGGUGAAUGGACUGAAUAUAAUGGCAACUUAGUCAGACAAUCCAGCUACACAAAACGAUUAAAUAAAGCUAUUAUCAAUAUCGGUCCAAAAACCACGAAAUGUUACGUAAAAGACGAAGUUUUACAUCGAGAUUUCGAAAAAUAUGUAACAAUAAUGACAUCAACGAAAACACCAGAUGUACUUUCAGGCAAUGAAUUUACGAUAAAAACAAAAACAUGUAUAAUGUGGACUGAUUCAAAUAAAACAAGGGUACUUGUAACUUGCACCUUUGAGUUUUCAAAACCUACGCGGCUUAAAGCCUCAAUUGAGAAAGCAUCAUUGGAAGAUCAAUUAACAUAUUAUAAAACAGUAGAGGCAGCUGUACGCAAAUAUAUUUCACAAAAUCUUUCAGAAUUUGACACAUCGCCAACAUCUUCUUCAAUAUUUAUCGAAGAAGCUAAGUUUGAAGAAGUGGACAAUGACGAUUUUUACACGAUAAAACAAAAAUCCACAAAUAACAAGAAAACGUUGCACUUGAAGGAAGAAGUAACAACUACUACAUCUACACUUACUAAUAUAUUGAGUAUUAUUAAAUUAAGAGUUUCAAAUAUUGAAACCAUUGUUCUAUUAGUAAUCAUAUUAACAUUAAUAGUUAAUGUAUAUAUGGUAAUUAGUUUAAAAGAUAUUACGCAUCACAUUAAAUCUAUUGAGCAAAAUGAAGCGGUAAAUGAGGGUGGUCAAAUCAGAAUUGAAUUCGAUAAUAGUCAUUAUACUUUGGAUGAAUGGCUAAAUGAAUUGAGGAAACGACAAUUGUUUUCUAUUUUAGAUGAGAUCUUUUGA